AUGGUCCGUAAUAUGUGCAAAUGGAGGCCAGUUUUCCCCCAAUUUCCCACGCUCGUACAGCAGCCCUGCAAAGCCUUAACUGAGAAUGUUAUGGAUGGGUCCUGCUUGCUGACGGCGUUGGGAUUCCUCGGCCAGUUCUGUCAAGGACUUGGCAAUGACUCGAUUUGA